AUGGUGAAUAUGAAUUUUCAACAAGCUUAUGCAGAGUAUCUCAAAGGUAACAAAGAAAAACCAAAGACACCCCAAUUACAACAACUGAAUACCGAUUUGGAUAUUCAUGGAAAUAUAAAUAAUAAGAAAAAUAAUCCUGCUAUUAGUAAUAGUACUAAUUAUAACACUAAUACAAAUGCGUUUGGCAAUGGUAAUAUUAUUGUUUCCCCACAAAAUUUGCCCACUCCACAAUUCGAUAAUAUUCGGAUUUUUCCUACUCCAAUAAGUUAUUUACCUUCAUCUCCAAUGCAAGGUUUAGGUAUUUCAAGUGUUACUUCUCCUAUUUUACAACAUACAAAUUCAGUUUUUGAACAACAACAACAACAACAAAGAAAUCAAGUUUCAGCUUCUAUAUCUUCUACUGAUUCGAUUCUAUCUGAGAUUAAUAUUAAGAAAAGACGCGACAAAUUUACUGUUUUAAAAAAUAUUGCAUUAAAUGAAAUUAAUCAUAUUAACAUACAACAUAAAGAGCCAAGGAAUUUGGAUGAGUUAUUGAAGACUGAACAUCGUAUUGUAUCAGAGUUGGUGCCUGCUCCAGAUCUAUCACCAAAACGUAUAUCUUCUUUACCUACGGUUAGUGAAGAAUUGUCUUUUUCUACUCUGAAUACAUCAACUGAUAUUAAUAAUGUUACAACUAGUGACUAUGAUAAUAAUAAUCAUGAUAAUAAUUACAAAAAUCUCAAGAUAGGUUCUAAUAUAGAUAUUUUGAAUAUUUUCUUGUUACCUAAUUUUGAUCACUCAAUAAAAUUUAAUAGAAUUAAACAGAUUGGUAAAGGUAAUUUUAGUGUAGUGGAUUUAUAUGAGAAUAUUGAAAGCAAUCCAAAUGAAAGAAACCACAAGUUGGUGGCAAUUAAAAAAAUUAUUUAUCCAGACAAUUUGUUUAUGCAGAUCAAUAAUUAUGAUAGUAGUGGUGGUGGUGAUAGUUAUGAUAAUGACACAGAACUAUUCUCAAGUUUUGAGAGUUCCUUAAUCAGAGAAUUAUCUGUUUUGCAAAAAUUGGACCAUCCGUGUAUAAUUAAACUUUAUGGUAUCAAUAAUCCGAUUUUUUUGAAAGAUAAGACUCCUUUAACUACACUAUUAAGACAAAAUAAAAAGGUGAUUAGCAGUAGUGGCAAUAGUACAAGACUGGACAUAAGUAUACCUGAAUGUGACAUUGUGAUGUCAUAUUGUUUGGGUGGUGACCUUCUGAAUGCGUUAGCUGAAUGUAAUGGUGGGUUGGAAGUAAAAUUAAUUCAAAGAAUAUUUACAGAAUUGAGUUUAGCGGUCAAAUAUCUUCAUGACAAUUUGAUUAUACACAGAGACCUUAAAUUAGAAAAUAUUUUAUUAGUUUAUCCGUUGGAUGAGACCAAAUUAAUGGCAAACGAUGAAUCAAGACAAGAAUUUUAUUUGAAUAACAAUAUUAUUCAAUUGACAGAUUUCGGUCUUAGUAAACAACUUUCUAAAAAUGAUGAGCUAUGCACAACAAGAUGUGGAUCAGAAGAUUAUGUAUCACCAGAGAUUUUAAUGGGGUUGCCCUAUGAUGGUAGAUUGAGUGAUUCUUGGGCGAUGGGUGUAAUCUUAUAUGCAUUAUUAGAAGACCGUUUACCAUUUGAUCCUCCAGUAAAUGCUACUCUCAGACAAAGAAGAAGAGCUACAUCGCAUAGAAUAGCAGGUUUUGAAUGGAGAUGGAAUAAACUUAAAGAUAUCAAUAUGCCUGCAAAGGAAAUUGUAUCAAAUACACUGACAAGAAAGAACAAGAGGUGGGAUAUUAAUAAUAUUAUAGAGUUUAAAUUUGUGUCAGAUUUAGUGGGGCAAUUAGCAUUUAUAUGA